AUGCUCCAACGCUCUUUUGCACGUUGCGCUUCAACGGUUGCCCAGAGGACUUUGAGUCGUGGCUCUGGUCGUUAUGAGAUAACCAGUCAGCCGCUGUGUGACGAUAUCCUCAAACGACUUCAGACCAGCCUCCCUCCCCCACACACUUGCGAUAUCAUCGAUAUCAACCCCGGACAGGGGCUUUGGUCCAAGAGUCUGCACCAUCUUCUUCAGCCUCGACGGCAUGUUCUCGUCGAGUCUGAGUUGGAGAAAUAUGCGGAGCAUCUCCAGCCCUUGUUGAAGAGCCAUGGCUCAGCAUAUCGGCACGCCACCCUUCUUGAAGAUGUGUUUGAUCCUGGGAAACAACUAUUGACCCAAUAUGAUGUGGAAAAGGCUGCGUCGUUGGAAAAGCCCCCUGAACAUAACAGAUCCUUGUUGAUGACGGUCAACCUUUCCGGUACAAAGAUCAGUAUUGGCGGUUAUAUGGGCUCUCCGAGCAAAAAAUUCUUCGACGAGCUCUACCUGUCACUUCUGUCAAAUACACACACCGGUUUCUUUCGUUAUGGUCUAGUCAGGGUGUUGGCAUGGGUUCCGGAGUACGAAAAGGAUACUUUCAUCCCGCGGACUGUUCACACGCGCCGGAAGCAGACUAUUAUGCUUGAAGCAACCACAGACAUUACCGAGGUUGCUGGUGCAUCGACGGAGACCAAAUCGACAAGACAUAGGAAGUGGCCUGAUCUUGAAUUGGAAGAACUUGCAGUAGUUGACGCUAGAGCCAAAGCUAUUCCGGGGUAUAAGAUACCAAAGUCGAGGCUCGAGAAGCCUCCGCCGCGGGAGUUGCUCACUAUUGAGCCUACUCCUCGAAACUUGCGAAAAGCAAACUUCACCUCCGACGCAGAGUGGGUGCCCAGACUGCUCGAGUUAGACAGACGGAUAAAAAAGCAGUAUCCCCAUUGGUAUCGGCGUUAUGCAUCAGGCGAAUCCAUUCGCAAGCUUGGCCUCAAAACGCCCCUACACAAGGAAUGGGGAGAGCUUCUGCGGCGGGCAAAAACCACACGCAAGACCCAUCUGAAAGCAGUCGAGUUGGUCAACCAGGAAAGACAAUUGAUAUCGGAAUGGAAGCUUGAGAUAUGUACCGCUACGAAUCACCAACUUGACCUCGCCACCGAAAUCUCGUUCCAAGAGCGCGCUGAAGCCAUCAAGAACAACCUCAAGGCUUUCAACCGGACGAACAGAAUCUUCGCGGAGAAGGCCAUCGACGACUGUAGAGCCUGGGACAUGUCACCACCUGUCCUGGCCUGGAAUCGACGGGAAGCUCACCCUUUGAUUGCGCACGACGGCGAAUUUGAUGCUCCGCGUCGGUAUAUGGCCCUACUGGAUGUGACACCACGAGCAGAUUUGAUUUCCAAAAUCGACAAUUACGAUAAGAUGGUAUGCUUCCGCUACAUUGUAACCCUUCUCUCUCUAUCCUUGUCCAGGAGCGUUGCUGCAGCUCUGAGGACUCUGGUCCAUGAAGGGUUGAAUGACUUUGUGAAGACAAUUCCAGGGAUUCAUGAUCCCACCAAGGGAGGGUGGUAUGAUUUGACCACGCUGCGGGUGAGAGUCUUGCCAAUGGAAAUGUUUGUGGAGAUCGGUUUGGCAUAUGAGAAGUGGCCGUUUCGCAUGACUACAGAGGCUAUCCUCAUGGCAAAUUCAGAUCCCAACGCCGGAUACAGCGGCGACGAGGACGAUAUGAAAUGA